GCCUCAUUCUUUUUUGUCGAAACGAGGCAAUCGUGCAUGUGUAUUCCAUUCAGUCAGUCAGAUUUGUCAAUUUGCCAAAUGUCAGCUUCCCUGGUGCGGAGGGCUCUAAACUUGUUCAAUGAUUUGGAAGAAGUUCGCGAGAACCAGAAAUCGAAGAAGAAAUGCAGGGAAAGACGCCCACAGGCGGGAUCAACUCUUCACGGCACGAAAAAACAACCCCUGAAACGUCAAGGCGCGGUGCGCCGGAAAGCAUUGCCCAGUGAAGAAAAGCGGACCCGAGCGAUCAUCGAGGAACUAAAGCAGGUGCAAGAGGCAGACCACACAGAGGAAAAUGUCAAGGCUCUCAAGAAGCUGUCACAGACCUGUAGUAGGGUUAUCAACAAGGCUGGCUUGCAUUCCAUGAUGCAGAAGGCAAAUGCCGAUGUGCCAAUGCAAGAUGACGACAGACCUACUGCUUUCACCGAUGAAGACUUUCGUCGUUUUGAGGAAGAAUACCACAUAUCUUAACAGAGUUGUCAUUAAAUGUUUUUGUUU